AUUAAUCAACUCUAUCUUGAUCAUCACCAGAAUAAAAGAAAAAGAAAAAAAGAAAUGGUUUCUAGGAUUCAUCUCUUAAUAAGAUGUUGUAUUCUGCUAGCUAUAAUCAUGAUGGGGCAUGCUCAAACAGACCGGAAACUUGUUGAUGAGGAUAAUGCUGCUGCAGCAUCAUUAUUUUAUAUACCACCAUCGAUUGAAUCUAGUCAUCCUUCUUCUCACCACCGUGCACUUGGUGCUGAACAUUACGAGAGAUCAUCGCCUCCACCACCACCUAAAAAAUCCUCAGAAGUCGAACCCCUUACUACCGGUACCUAGAUCAUAUUGAGUGAUGGUGAGCAUCGGUUGAAGAAGGAAGACUCGUAAGUUUGUUUUGAUUUGUUUUUUUUUUCUUUGGGACAAAUAAAAAGACUCGUAAUUAAGUUGAUGUCAUGUUUGGGAAGAGCAAUGGUUUAUGUUUUUAAGAUCUACGCUAUUUUUGAAGGCUUUGAUUUGAUUUUGUUUUCUUUUUUUUUUCGGAAGUUAUAUCGUGAAUAAGAAGAGGAAAAUAAUAUCCCUCUUCUUCUUUAUUUAUUUGUUUUUACUAUAUACAUAUCUCUAUUUUAGCGUUACACGUACAAUAAUGUGUAUGUUGUAAUACAAUAUAGUAUUGGUUUUUGGA